AUGGGUAAUGGAGUGGAUGUGUCAAAUCCAGAACGCCUUUUGAUCGACCGGAUUGUUGAAGCAAUAUGUUCACCGUUCAGUGGCCCAAAUACCGAUGAAGGUGUGCAGCUACAGAUCCUGAAGGUGAUCAACGCUGUAUUUGGGAAUAUGUUGAAAGCAGAAGAAGCAGUUUCUCUCACGGAUGACAGUGACGAGAAGAUUGUACAGGCCGUUGUUAACUACAUGGUGGACCAGGUUGCAGUGCAAAGCGAUGAGCAAUCGAGUGGGACUAGCCGUCAGGACAGUAUCGCCAUUUCGAUGGCAGCAGAAGUGCUGGCUGCAGCGCCACGUUCCUUGAAUCCUGUAUCACUUGCGGCCGAUUCUUCAGAACAUAUCGGCGACGAUGUGCCAUCGUUGCAUCUGUAUUUCCGGAGUGUACAGGAAGAAGACGCAUUCCUUUUAUUCCGAGCUCUUUGCAGGCUUUCGACGAAAGCACUUCCGGAACAGCUUUCCUUGGAAAUGUUGCUACUGAUUGUGCAGAAUUCCUCAUCACUAAUCCAUUCCUCGCAGCCGUUCAUCCUCGCACUACGACACUUAUUAUGCGUCUCACUUUCGCGCAAUGGCGUCUCACCAAUUGUUUCCAAGAUCUGUGAGGACCCGCAAAGUAUGGUGGAUAUCUAUGUAAAUUAUGAUUGCGAUCUCACUGCAACAAAUAUCUUCGAGCGAAUCAUCGAUGGCUUAUUUAAAGUUGCUCAGACGUUGAAUGUGUUGAGGCAGCGUCAACUGAAGCAGCUACAGUGCCGCAAUCAUCAGCAGUACAUCAGUUCGAGCAGCUGA